AUGGAGCUAUCUUUGAUAGGCCUUCAAAAUGCUGGGAAAACAUCACUUGUAAAUGUUAUUGCAACUGGUGGAUAUAGUGAAGACAUGAUCCCGACGGUUGGAUUCAAUAUGAGGAAAGUAACAAAAGGGAAUGUUACAAUAAAGUUGUGGGAUCUUGGUGGUCAACCUAGGUUUCGAAGCAUGUGGGAAAGAUAUUGCCGUGCAGUUUCUUCUAUUGUUUAUGUUGUGGAUGCUGCUGAUUAUGAUAACUUGUCGGUCUCGAGAAGAGAACUUCAUGACUUGUUGAGUAAGCCAUCACUAAAUGGCAUUCCCUUGCUAGUACUAGGUAACAAGAUUGACAAAAAGGAAGCUCUGUCUAAGCAGGAUUUGACAGAAGAAAUGGAUCUCAAGUCCAUUACUGAUAGGGAAGUUUGCUGCUUCAUGAUUUCUUGCAAGAACUCCACCAACAUCGAUACAGUCAUCGACUGGCUAGUAAAGCAUUCCAAAUCAAAAAAUUGA